CGGAAGCUUUAGUAUUAGCACUGACCGGCUGCUAAGUUCUAGCAAAUAAAUUCUCAAAGUGGAUAUUUUAAAUACGCUGUGCAAAUUCGUAACCGAUCUAACGCCUGCUUCAACCAACAACAGCAAUAGAAGCAACCGUGAAAAUACUACGCGAACACAAAAAAGCUCCACCGCCAAAAGCGAUUUCAAUAAAUAUCAGAAAUUAGUUAAGUUUCAUUCACUUGAGGACCUCAAAUACAAAAUGGCUUUCCGGGAUAAAAACACUGUGAUCACAGGUGGCGCCAGUGGCAUUGGUUUGCAAGUGUGCAAGCAGCUACUGGCCAACGAGGCUUCGAAAGUCGCCAUUAUUGAUAUUCAAGACAACACAGAAGAUAUCUCCAAGUUGCGCGCAGCACAUCCUUCACAAACCAUUUUGCUGAUCAAAAUGGACGUGGCGAAUAGACAAGGAAUUGAGAAGACUUACGCAGAGCUUAAAAAAGCCUUUGGCUCGAUUGAUAUUGUUGUGAAUGUAGCUGGAAUCUUUAACGACCAAGAUGUGCAACGCACCAUUUUGGUCAAUUUGGGUGGUAUCAUCAAUUCUUCACUCGCUGCGCUUAAUGUGAUGAGCAAGGAACAUGGUGGCAAUGGCGGCAUUGUGGCUAAUAUGUCGUCUGUAGUCGGCUUGGAUCCGAUGUUUUUGCUGCCUGUGUAUGCUGCCACCAAAGCAGGAAUAAUCAAUUUCACACGCUGUUUGGGUACGGACAUUUACUUGAAUCGCACUGGCAUCAAGUUCAUUACAAUUUGUCCGGGUGCCACCAUUACCGAUAUGUUCACCAAUUUCACGGAGAAGAUCCUGUUCGCCGAUAUGGGUGAUGAGUCAUACCGAGUGCUGGACCGUCUCAAUAAGCAAAGUGCUACUGAUGUAUCACGUUGUAUUCUUAGCGCUUUAGAAAAAGAGAAAAAUGGCGAAGUGUACAUAAUCGAAGGAAAGCGGCUAUUCCCAAUGGAAAUGAAGAGUUAUUGGCGUGGCAUUGAAAGGGAGUUGAAUGAAUAAAAUAAAACUUUAUAUUGUAUUACAAUUCUACAAUGUAGCAAUGUUAACAAAGUUAGUGUCUUAUUAAAUUGUAAACAAAAAUAA